AUGGGAGGGGAAAACUCCCUUUUGACACCUUCGGCUGAACCAGGUUCAGGGAGGGGCAGCCCUUUGCUGCGACCAAAUGGGAGUGAUACUGAGAUAAGGGCUAUUUGUUGUAGGUUACGAUGUCUUGUUAAACAGCUGGAGAAGGGAGAAGCAUCUGUGGUGGAGCUGAAGAAAAACCUGGAGUUUGCAGCCUGUCUCCUUGAAUCUCUCUGUUCUGAGGAAAACAGACAACUGGGGAGCCAAGAUGAUGAGCUGAGUGAUAUCCAGUCAGACUCUGUACCACUGGAGGUUCGUGACUGGUUGGCCUCCACUUUUACACGGCAGAGAACCCUGUUGCUGCACCACAGUGAAGACAAACCACACUUUCGCAGCAUCGUCCGUGCAGUACAGGCUGGGAUCUUUGUGGAGAGGAUGUUCAGACGAACCUCCAACAUGACUGGUCUCAGUUAUUCCCUAAAUGUCAUCACUAUGCUUAAGCAUGUAGAUAUGUGGUCGUUUGAUGUGUUUGCACUGAAUGAUGCCAGCGGAAACCAUGCUCUGAAAAUUGUCUUCUUUGAACUGCUCAACAGAUAUAACCUGAUUAAUCGUUUCAAGAUUCCUACCUCUGCACUCACAUCAUUUGUGGAGUCACUGGAAAUGGGAUACAGCAAGUACAAAAAUCCCUACCACAACCUGAUACAUGCUGCUGAUGUCACACAAACGGUCCAUUACCUGCUCAUUAAGAGUGGAAUUAUGCACUGGCUAACUGAGCUGGAGAUCUUUGCCAUUAUUUUUGCAGCUGCCAUCCAUGACUAUGAGCAUACAGGGACUACUAAUAACUUCCAUAUUCAGACCAGGUCAGACACGGCACUAUUUUACAAUGACCGAGCUGUUUUGGAGAACCAUCAUGUCAGUGCUGUCUAUCGCCUUCUACAUGAUAAUGAGGAAAUGAAUAUUCUCUCUAAUCUUUCAAAGGAAGACUGGAGAGAACUGCGGGCAUUAGUAGUGGAUAUGGUAUUGGCCACUGACAUGUCCUGCCACUUUCAGCAGAUCAAAGCCAUGAAAAGCCUCCUGCAGCAGUCUGAGGCGAUUGACAAACCAAAGGCUUUAUCACUGCUGCUGCACACUGCUGACAUCAGCCACCCUGCCAAAUGCUGGGACCUCCAUCAUCGCUGGACAACAUCCCUGCUAGAGGAGUUCUUCAGACAGGGUGAUAGGGAAGCAGAGCUGGGUCUACCUUUCUCCCCUCUUUGCGACCGCAAAUCCACCAUGGUGGCCCAGUCCCAAAUAGGAUUCAUUGAUUUCAUUGUGGAGCCAACAUUCACUGUGUUGACAGAAAUGAUUGAAAAUAUUGUGACACCACUUAUCGAGGAGACCUCUCGCUCUGAAUUGCCUGUCUUCAGACAGUACAGUUUCAACAGUAUUGGAAGUGACAGAAAGCACUCCAGCAUGAAGAGUACACGCUCAGAAGGCAGCUGCUCUCUGACCACAGUGGACUUCAAAAGUUUCAGGGGUACAUGGAAUCACAAAAUUCAUCAAAACAGGGAGAUAUGGAGGGCCCAAGCAGGAAAAGACCUGGAGGUAAAGGUCACCCAGAUGGCAGAGGAGCGUAGCCAAGAAGACAAAGAGACAAAUGGUGGAAAAGACACAAGCACAACUGUCGACGAAGCCAACAUGGGACAGGGGAAAAUGAAAAAAGAAUCCGUGGGACAAGAGGUGCAGAACAGGAGACAGCAAGAAGAAAGACAGACUAACGAUGAAAGAAACAAUAAUCAGGCUCAGUCUGCAAGCAUUCUGCUGAAAUCAGUCCCUGAUGCCAUAAAGAAGUCACCUGAUGGACACAUGGAGAAGCAGCAAUCCCAGAAUGACCCUCAAACUGUUUUCCCUCUGAUUCAUUAUCGCAAAAGACCAACCUAUUGUACCAGCUCCUACAGACUGAUCAGGGCAAAAGUCAUAGAAAUAUGGCCUAUUGAUGCCAGAACAAAAGCCAGGAGACUGCAACGCUUCUACUCGCGUCAAUGGAAAUAACCUUGUAAGUUUGGAGUGUAUUAUAAUGGCAUAUUGUGUGAUGUACUCUUUCAUCACUCUGCUUCAGUUUUUCCUUUGUGCAUAAACUCAGAAUUCCUUUCCCAGUAAAAAUAUAAUUAUUUGCACUUA